AUGGAGAACACCAGCGCUCUGUGGACUUUCUACUCAUCCCAUCCUUCUUCCUCUUUCCUAAGACCUUUCUGGAACUCAUCAACGACCUCCUCCUCUAUACCUUCACCUCCGCCUGCUGACUCGGUCAUUUUCCCUAAUGUGGCGUACACGGCUGCUGAGCUCGUCAUCGCCUUUCUUUCCACAAUUGGCAAUUUACUGGUCUGCGCAGCUGUGGGGCUCAACCGCAAGUUACGCACCGUCACCAACUACUUCCUGGUCUCGCUAGCGGUUGCGGACAUCUGUGUGGGCACGAUCGCCAUUCCUUGCGCCAUCCUGACUGAUAUUGGUCUACCGCGUCAAAACCUCUACCUGUGUCUGCUCAUGUUAAGUGUUUUAAUAAUGUUCACACAGAGCUCCAUCUUUAGCCUGCUGGCUGUGGCUGUGGAGCGCUACGUAGCCAUUUUCAUGCCCCUCCGCUACCAGGUCCUGAUGACGCCUCGUAACGCUGUGCUGGUGAUUCUCGCCACUUGGCUGCUGGCCUUUCUCAUUGGGCUCGUGCCUCUGAUGGGCUGGCACAAGACGCCGCCUGAUUCAGGCUACUGCUUCUUUGUCUUGGUGGUGGACAUGACCUACAUGGUCUACUUCAACUUCUUCGCCUGUGUCUUGACACCCCUGCUCAUCAUGUUUCUCAUCUAUGCCCAAAUUUUUCUCACCGUCAAGCGACAGGUGCGACGCAUCGCCUCUGAGCAAAGCAGCAGAGCAGAGGGACAAGCGAAGAUGGCGGCAAGGAUGCGACGGGAGAUGAAGACAGCUACCUCACUCUUUCUGGUUCUCUUUCUGUUCACCGUGUGCUGGAUCCCGCUCCACAUUAUCAACUGCUUCCUGCUGCUCUGCCCUCGCUGCCCUGUGCCCCUCGAGCUGCUGCUGGCUGCCAUCAUCCUGUCGCAUGCAAACUCCGCUGUCAACCCCUUUCUGUACGCAUACACAAUGACAGCUUUCAGGGACACCUUUAAAGCCAUCUUCUUGUGCUGCAGGACGAUGGGAGACACAGAGGGUUCAAAUGUGGCCGGUGUUGGUGAUAGAGGGGGUCCAACUGCCCGAAACACACACCAGACCUGA